AUGGCUGCGCCCAGGGGCCGCCUCCAGCCUGGCGAGCGGCGCGGCGAGCGGGAGCCGAGCUGGGAGGCUGGGGCGCCCAAGCGGCCCCGCCUCGGGGCGGGAAGCAGGAGCGGAGGCUGUCGGCUCAUCGUGGUGCUGGAAGGGGCCAGUCUGGAGACGGUCAAGGCAGGCAGGACGUAUGAACUGCUCAAUUGUGACAAGCACAAGUCUAUGCUGUUGAAGAACGGUCGGGACCCUGGAGAAGUGAGGCCGGACAUAACCCACCAGAGUUUACUGAUGCUGAUGGACAGCCCCCUGAACCGAGCUGGCUUGCUGCAGGUUUACAUCCACACCCAGAAGAAUGUGCUGAUUGAAGUGAACCCCCAGACCCGAAUCCCCAGAACCUUCGACCGUUUCUGUGGCCUCAUGGCAGCUGACGGUCCCCAGAAGCUGUUGAAGGCAAUUAAGAAUCCCGUGUCAGAUCACUUCCCAGUUGGAUGUAUGAAAAUUGGCACCUCUUUUUCCAGUCCAGUCGUUAGCGAUGUGCGAGAGUUGGUGCCCAGCAGUGACCCCAUUGUCUUUGUUGUGGGGGCCUUUGCCCAUGGCCAGGUCGAUGUGGAAUACACAGAGAAGAUGGUGUCCAUCAGCAACUACCCCCUUUCUGCUGCCCUCACCUGUGCAAAACUGACCACUGCCUUUGAAGAAGUAUGGGGGGUGGUCUGACAGGAGACCCUUGGUUCCAAAACACAGACUGUUGACAUCCCUUGAUUCUUGCGGAGCUGACUGCUGAGAGAUGACCUUCCUUCGUCGACACUGGAGACUGGAAGCCAGGGCUGUACAUGGGUCAUUAGUUUAUCCUAUAAAAACAAUUCUUAUGUAAA